CACUAGAUGGCAGUGUAAAGUUUCAUGUUCAACCAUCCUCAGUUCUACAGCCGGAAGAGAGAAGAAGAAACGCUGCUGGAUUUCGUGACGUUAAGAGGACCAUUUCCGAACACACUGGCGGGAGUGUGAAUGUUAUCCUCUAGCUACAAAAUAACCGAGAACUACAAACAAAACACCUGUCAAAACAAGCUUUUGUUUAUUUAAUUUGGAAAAAGAAUCUAGCGCCAAGCAGGUGUUAUAUUGCAAGCAAUUGAAAUUGAUUAAGUUUGCAGGAGAGAAGACGGUAACAACCAUCAGAAGACGCCACACACGUAUCUUUAGUCAAAGACUGAAUUGUUUAACGUUGGCUAGUUUAUUAUUUUCCGUCCUGCCUUUAUCUGCAACGGGAGAUAAACGAGCUAAAUUCGAUUAAUUUUCAAAUUAUUAAUCUGCUACCCUUUCAAGACUACUGAAAAUAAAUGGCUAAAGUUCAAGUGUUGAAUGUCGCUGUGUUGGACAACCCAAGUCCUUUUGGGAACCCGUUUCAGUUCGAGAUUACGUUCGAGUGCAUGGAGGAUUUACCGGAGGACCUGGAGUGGAAGAUCAUCUAUGUGGGCUCAGCAGAGAGUGAGGAGUAUGAUCAGACUCUGGACUCAGUUCUGGUCGGACCGGUACCAGCAGGCAGACACAUGUUUGUGUUCCAGGCGGAUGCCCCCAACACCGGGCUGAUUCCUGAGAGUGAUGCUGUGGGGGUAACCGUGGCGCUCAUCACCUGCACCUACAACGGACAGGAGUUCAUCCGUAUCGGUUACUAUGUCAACAAUGAAUACACCGACCCAGAGCUCCGAGAGAAUCCACCGGUCAAACCAGACUACACACAGGUAAUACACACUGAUACACACACACCAGACUACACACAGGUAACUCACACUGAUACACACACACCAGACUACACACAGGUAACUCACACUGAUACACACACACCAGACUACACACAGCUGCAGAGGAACAUCCUGGCCUCUAACCCCCGUGUGACCCGGUUCCAUAUCAACUGGGACGGCUGUUCAGACAAGCUGGAGGACAGUGAGAACGUAGACCCCUCCCCCAACAGCAGCAGUAGCAGCAGCAUGGUGCCCUCCUCCUGUUUAGCUGGCAAGGCGUUACCUGUAGGACUGCUGUCUGGUAACUCGAUGGACUGUCUGUAGAACACAGCCACCCCUCCAGCAUUGCCUUGCCACGUUCUACUCCAGCAGUCUUUGGCAGGAAGGUUGAGUCACUUAUUAUAAACCAGCUGUACUGUAGGGUGUACGGUCUCCCUCCUUCACACAGCAACACCUCCCUCUGUCUCCCCUGGCACUGGCACCCUAUUCCCUCCAUAGUGCACUACCUUUGUAAACAGGGCCCUAUGCUCCACUGUAGUGCACUACCUUUGUAAACAGGGCCCUCUGCUCCAAUGUAGUGCACUACCUUUGUAAACAGGGCCCUCUGCUCCAAUGUAGUGCACUACCUUUGUAAACAGGGCCCUCUGCUCCAAUGUAGUGCACUACCUUUGUAAACAGGGCCCUA